GCCUGGUGAAUCCGCCUGACCUGCAAAGCUGGAGAGGCGGGUUUUGAUCUCCGUCGGCGACAAGGAUGCAGAGUGAACCGGGGUGCGAGAACACAUAAUAGGAAUCUCCACAUUAAUCUCGAUCCAUACAAAUAGAUAUGGCGACCGAAGAAUACGAUAGUAGCUAUGAUGUUGAUAUUGAUGAGUUAGCUAUUUCCAUGAGGACAGAUUUAAAUCGAUGCAUGUCACUAGUUGAGGAUCGCGGAAAAGGAAACAGGUGUUGCCCGAUAUGCAAAAUAGUGCACCGCAUUCGCCAAACUGACAGUAGUGCAUUUGAGCCAAGUAUUCUUUCAAUUGGCCCUUAUCAUCAUUCAGAGUUACCACUUCAAGCUAUGGAAGCAGAGAAGUGGAUAUGUCUAGACUAUAUUCUUAAACUAAACUGUGAAGUUAGUUUGCGCGGGUGCCUGAGCUUGAUUUCUGGACUGGAAAAAGAAGCAAGAGGCUAUUACACCGAGGAGAUAAACAUGGAUAGUGGAGAGUUCCUGCAGAUGCUUCUACUAGAUAGCUGUUUUAUUCUUGUGUAUCUUGGCAGUAUAUACGCACAAGGUGCUACCGUUGAUGAUGCGCAAAUGACGGAAAACAUGAUAUACGAGGGAAAGAGGGAAGCAAAGGACUUGAGCCACAUGGAUUCCGCCCCCUGCCAAAGUUUGAGUGGGCACUCAGCAGUGGACAUUGAACUAAAUCAAAUGGACACACAUACUGAUAGUCGGAACCAGGGGGAUUAUAGUGGCACUGUAGAAUGGUAUAAUAGUUCUGCUGUAUAUGACCUACUUUUGUUGGAGAACCAGAUUCCCUUCUUCAUUGUCAAGACAAUUUAUCGGUUCUUCUCACGUCAUGUGGCAACUACUUGGUUACUCACGAAUAACAUUUCUGAAUUCAUGGAAGGCACUCUUUACCAUUUCCCGAAAGUAAUAACUGAGGCUAAUAGGCCAGAAGAUUUUUACCAUCUGCUACACCUGUGUCAUAAGUACCUGAAACCUAGUCACAAGUUUGAAUAUGACUAUCAUCAGUAUGCUGCAAAUCCUCAUUGCUUCCAAUUUGUACUUGAUGUUAGCCGCAAGAUCUUCACUUGUCGAGAGGAGCAAAACAUGUUCCAUGAGCUAAAUUUGUUAAAUUCAAUGCAGCAGGCCAAUCGAUGGCGUAGGGCUGUGGAAUAUCAUGAAGCGGGAAUGCAGUUCAAGAAAAGGGAGUUUGAUGAAGACAAUCCUCAUUCCCUAUUGGACAUUAGAUUCAGAAAAGGUCUCAUGGAAUUACCAUGUUUGCUGAUCGAUGAUAAGUCUUCUUUGCUAUUCAGAAAUCUUUUAGCUUUUGAGCAAACAUGUCGUCAAGUUGGAGAUGACAUCACUGCAUAUUUUGUGCUCAUGUCCCAGCUUGCUAGUACGUCAGCUGAUGUGGCUCUUCUUGCUCAGAAAGGGAUUAUAGUGCACCAGAUGGAAAGCGAUGAGGAUGUAUCAACUCUCUUCACCAAGCUUUCUGAGUAUGUGGCGUUUGACUUCAAUGGUGAACACUACCUGAAAUCUCUGUGCUGUGUCAUGGAAGCACACUACCAAAGUCGUAUUAAUAGGUGGAUGGCAUGGCUAUGGCACAAUCAUUUCAGCAACCCAUGGUUAGGUUUUGCUGCCAUAGCUUCGGUUUUCGUAGUCCUCUGUAGUGUCAUGCAAACUGUUCUUGCUUUCUUAGCAUACAUGGGAUGAAGGCAUGAAUCAACAGAUUUGGAUUUGAGAGUUAGCAUAUAUGAGUCUGAUAAUUUUUCGAUUUGCUGUCACAAAGGGUGUUCUACAUUGUUUGCGGAAAGACAAAGGUUCUACAAUGAGAUUCGGUGGUGCAUCUACUGCAAAUCCUCAAUCUCAUGAUUUGAACAGCAUUUGUUCCAUGACAUAUAUAUUGAUAGAUAAGUAAUAAAGGGUCGCAAGACUGUCAAGACCCCCGUUGAUGGAGGUGUCCAUGUUGAAUCGUUAGAAUGGAGGGCCAGGACAAAUAUGGCAACGUCCUCGAUCUGGCAACAUGGCAAGAUAGUUGGUGCCAUGGCAAGUUGAGUUUACCUUGGCGGCUUUCAUCUUGGCACCAAUCAGUUAGUCAAAAUUUACUAGGAUCAGCGUCAGGAAGAAGGAAUUUCAGCAGUCGACCUGGGUAUCUUAGGGAAUGCCAGACCCCUAUGAAAUGGUUGAUAUGGCGUAAUCUGCGCCAUAUUAGAAUAUAGUGAUACCGUAAUAGCUCGGGAUAGGAGCUCAUGAACCACAGAAGCAAAGACCACGCUUU